CGAUGACUUUCUAAGAAAAUAAAACAAACUUAAGGAAAAAUGAACAUGGCAUUAAAAAUAACGUAGAAAUUAAAUAACUGAGACAAAAGAAUAAAACAUGGCAGCAGAGAAGAAAAAGAGCUUAGUCAACCUAAAGUUGGAUAUGCUGGAGGAUGAGAGAAACAGUUUGGUUGAGGCUGUGGAUGCCUACAUCAGCAGUGUUAAACUUCAUGGUGAGAAGUUCGUUUCACUGCAAGACGCUGACUACCAAAGUUUUACAGAAGUCAGUAACCACCUUGAGAAUGCCAUGACUUUUAUAAAUCGGAAAUCUGCAGAAUUCAGGCAGCAAGCUACUGGAAAAUCACAUGUUUCCUAUGCUGAGAAUAAUUGUUUCAACGAAACUGAAACCUCAGGAUCAAUGUCUUUUGAUAUUUUGUCACAUUCUCCUUCCCGGCCUGGUGUUGUUCAAAGUCAACUACUGUACACAUCACCAACAGAAAUCCAAGAACAAAAUCAGAUUCAGAAUCUUCAGAAGCAGCUAGCUGCUAGCAGCUCAAAACUAGAAUCUUUGUCGUCUACCUUAGUUAAAGUCAUCGCAGAUCUGAACAGUAUUAAAAAACAAGGGGUUGGUGUGGAGGAGAUGAAGAGUCAACUGAAGGAUAUAACCAGCCGAGGCCUGCUCACUCUACAACAAGAGGAAAGUUUUGUCGAGAUGAAAAAAUCAAUCACGGCUCUCACUGCUGAUUUCUCAGAUACAGCUAAAAGCUGCGAGUCUGUGAAUAAAAAUCUGUCAACUUACAAGAACGACAACACGCAAACAUUUAUGAAGUUUGAAAAACGGGUUGGUGAUUUAGAAAAUAAGGCAACAAAAUCAGAGAACAGGACGUCUGAUUUUGAUAAUAGGAUAAAGGACAUUGAAGACGGGCAUAACAAAAUGGAAAAUAAACUGAAUUUUCUGGAGAAUAGAAUAAGUGAAACAGAUAAUAAACUUGGCAAGUUGGAAGAAAAAACAGCUGUAGUUAUUGAUGAGAAAGAAAAAGAAAUUGGUGCUAUGAAAACAUUAAUAGUAAGCAUAGAGAAACAUAUCCAGUCAAUGAAAGAGGAUAUUAAUAACAGAAGGGAUAACGACAUAGCCAGGUUUACUGAGUUUGAGAUCAAACUUAGAAAUUCAGACAAAGAUGGAUCAGGAAAAGAUAUCAAACAAAGCUUGAAAAAGGUUGAGGAAAGCCUUAAAAUAAUGAAGGACGAGAAGAAGAAGAAUGCAGAUGUUAUUGGGACACAAAUAGUUGAAAUUAGCCGUACUCUUGAUCUAAUCAAAGGGCAACAAAGUAGUUUGGAAAAACGGCUUAAAGCUGUAGAGGAAGCAAGAAAUAAGUUGCCGCUAGCGCAACAAUUGCCCUUACUUAAAGUAGGAGCAAGGGUUCGCAGAGGACCAAACUGGACUCAUGGGCAGGCAGAUGGGUUAGGUCUUGGAGUGAUUGUCAGAGAACUUCCGUAUGACAUGGUUGAAGUUCGCUGGGACUCUGGCACCAUGGGCAGCUACAGGAUUGGUGGACUUCCAGUGGUUUAUGAAAUCGAGCUUGCAUAGUUUGCAUUUACCUAGUGUGGUUUGUUAUAGAACAUUAGCAUGUUCAUUCCAUUUUCAAAGUAAUUUCACAUAGAAUUUAAUUUUUAUACAUUUUCCUGCAUUAAGUGUUAUUCUAAAUUCCAAUAUAAUUUUAGUUUAGAGUCCAAAAAAUAAUUUAAUAUUUUUGUGAACCCUUAUAUAUGAGUUAAUGUAAAGGUUGUUGUAAAAUUUGAAAAUUUCAGCGGGUAUUGAUUUAUUGGUGCUUCACACAUUCUGAAUGUUUGCAUUCCAACACAGCCUUUUCUGCCCUGGUGAAAAAAAAAUCAGGAAGCUUUAAGCAAACUUGACAUGUAGUGUCAGUGUAAUGGUUUACAACCUUUGUAUUUGUAGCCAGAUGCUGCUCUUUACACAAAUAAAUGUAUCUCUGUAGAUAGCAGAUUUUUUUAAUUGGGAAGGAAUAGAUCAAAUGUAUGUAUUGUUUUUUAAUGUAGUUUCUUGAUUUAAAUUUAUUAUUAAUAAAAUGUUUCAGUGCAUAUCCAAAAAUGUUAAAACAAGAAAUAAUUUUUAUUUUGCUCUAAAGAUAUUCUGGUUUGACAGGCUAUCUUUAAUUUUAAUUAUUUUUUUCAAAUUUUAAAUUAGAAUCCCACUUGUGAAUUAUCUUAAUUGCUUAGUACUAAUUUAAAUGUGAAAUGGUAUUAGUAUUAUUUUGCAAUGUGUAUUUUUUUACCAGUAACAAGGCGAUGUUAAAAAACAUUAAAAUGAAAAGACGUUAUCUUUGUGUAUUGCGCUUCAGAAUGUAAGACAAAUCAUUACGGAACUAUUCUUUUAAAUUAACUGAUAAGCAAAGCAUGACAGACCUUUUGACCUGGGCUAAUCAUGUUAAGGGUUUUUCUAAUUGUGUUAUCUCUAAUGACCUCAGAACUGAUUAGACUGCUAGUAUCUAUUAAAUACAUUUUUUUUGGACAAUUUUGUCACAGUAAUAUUCUCCAACUUCUCAACUGUUUGUUGAUUUUUUUUUUACUAUUGAUUUUUAAAAAAAUUAAACCUUUUAAAAUGUCAACGAAUGUUCCUUGUAUGAAAAUCAUUGUAUUACUUCAUUAGCUGGAGCAUAUCUUUAAAGCAGUGCAAGAUGUUUACUGACAAGAAAGAUAAUACAAUGAAUCGAUUAAACAAUAUAACCACUUUUGUUAAUACAAAAAAUUGUUUUAGAAAAAAAUAAAUAUAAAAAUGUUUUAAUUUUUAAAUUUCUGGCUUUAUAUUUCUAUGUCAAUUGCAUAGAUAAUUAUACCUAAAUCCUUCACAUAUCUGUUGUUACCUUCUACCUUGGUCGUGAAAUAGUUAUUCAAAAGUUAGCUUUCUAGUAUUAUGCAUAGUUUCAAUGAUUGUGAUGUAAGCUGCUUUGUAUAAAGAACAAAUAGAUAGUUGUAUAUAAAAUAAAUAUUUGUAAAUUGUAUUUUAAAAGCCAGCUCCCCAUUUUUAUGUCUAAUUUUAAAGAGUUUACACUAAGAAAUUUUAUUUAUAUCAAAUGUAUAAUUAAUAAGUACAGAUCACAUUUCACACUGAAAAAUUUUACUUAUAUAAAAUAAUAUACACAGAUCAUAUUUUACACAGAGAAAUUUUACUCAAAUAAAAUGUACAAUAAAUAGGCACAUAUCAUAG